AGAAUGUAUUAAAUUAUUUUUCUGAUCUAACGUUUUGUAUUUUACCAGUAAUUUAUCUUUUUUUUUCUGAAGACAAUUGUUUACAAUGUUUGGCUUGUAUAUGCAACUACGUAACUCUACAGACAGUAUAAUCUUUGUGAAACAAGCUUGCACAUUUUAGUAUUAAUCCCAGCAAGCCUUCUGUUGCAUUAAUUUAGGAGGGUGGGUUAACGUGUUACAUUGGAGGUUUCCAUUGACUUCAAGCAGAGGUUUAUCUGUGUAAAUUAGUAUUUUGUCAGUCUUAAUAACGAUUCAUGUAUGUAAAUAAUUUAAUUGUAAAUCCAUAUUGCUCAUCUAGUCCCCCUGACUCGAUGAUUCGGAGCGUGAUUUGUUUGGUCUGGGGAAAACGCGGCUUGUUUGACAGAUGGGAAGUGGCUCAAAAUGAAGGAGUUUCACUUGUUUACUUGUAAAACAAAGAACAAUCUGCACCAAAUUUAAAAACUUUCUCGACGUUUUCCAGAACAAUGGCGUCUGUAAUGGAGGAUCCCACCCUUGAGAGACAUUUUAAAGGUCACAAAGAUGUUGUAUCCUGCGCUGAUUUCAGCCCCAAUAAUAAACAGCUGGCUACUGGAUCCUGUGACAAGAACCUUAUGAUCUGGAACCUCGCUCCAAAAGCAAGGGCGUUUAGGUUUGUGGGUCACACGGACAUCAUUACAGGUGUUCAUUUUUCUCCAAGCGGAUCUUUGGUGGCAUCUUCAUCCAGAGAUCAGACAGUUCGACUUUGGACACCCAGCAUAAAGGGCGAGUCAACUGUGUUCAAAGCACACACAGCGAGCGUUCGAAGCGUUCAUUUCUCCAGCGAUGGCCAAAGGCUGGUCACGGCCUCAGAUGACAAGUCUGUAAAAGUGUGGGGUGUCGAACGGAAGAAAUUCCUCUACUCUCUAAACCGCCACACCAACUGGGUACGCUGUGCGAGGUUUUCACCAGAUGGUCGUCUCGUUGCUUCCUGUGGCGAUGACAGGACGGUUCGCCUCUGGGAUACAUCCGCACGUCAGUGCAUAAACGUUUUCACAGACUACGGCGGGUCAGCGACAUUUGUGGACUUCAAUUCCAGUGGCACAUGCAUUGCAUCAUCGGGAGCGGACAACACAUUAAAAAUCUGGGAUAUUCGUACAAACAAGUUAAUACAACAUUACAGAGUUCAUAGCGCAGGGGUCAACGGCUUUUCCUUCCAUCCAUCCGGAAACUAUCUGAUCAGUGGUUCGAGUGACAAUACAAUGAAGAUCUUGGACCUGCUGGAGGGGAGGCUCAUUUACACCCUUCACGGCCACAAGGGUCCAGUGUUGGCUGUGACGUUUUCUCGAGAUGGAGAUCUGUUUGCUUCAGGAGGUGCUGACUCCCAGGUUCUAAUGUGGAAGACCAACUUUGAUUCACUGAACUACAGAGAGCUGUUGAGCAGGCAUAGCAAACGAGUCACUCCAGAUCCCCCUCCACACCUGAUGGACAUUUACCCUCGAUCGCCUCACCGACACUAUGCUCAAAAUGGCACAGUAGAGAUUAACCCCAUUGUUGCUGAUACUCAGUCUGGUGACCCUCAGGUGAUUGAAGUGGGGCGUGUUCUUUUCUCCGCAGCGGAUGUAAGGAGCCAUGAUAUUGGCACAAGCAGCAGAGGUCAGCACAUCUCAGGUAUUGACUCAGGUCCAGCUAGGACUCAUAAUCGACCCAAAGAUGGGGAGGAUGAAGAAGAAAGGUUUCCUGGUGGCAUGACAGCAUCUGCAGCCGAGCACUCUGGUAUCCCAUCAAACCUUACUAGCACUCUGGAGAACAUUGUACAGCAGUUGGACAUCCUGACCCAGACCGUUGCUGUCCUCGAGGAGCGUCUUACACUGACCGAAGACAAACUGAGGACAUGCCUGGACAACCAGGUCCUGCUUUUGCAACAGACCCAACAAGUGGACCGAUCUGACGAGGAAACCGAAGGAUCAUCUGUGUGAGGGAGACCCAGUGGUCCUCACUUCAAUGGCAUGACUUGCAGUUAUGAUGUUUAUGAAAGUCCACCAACCCCCUGGAAGAAAUCGGUUCACAAAGAGGAACAAAAGUAAGUCAACAGGAGAGAGGAAGUAAACAUCACGAGGGCAGGAAGUUGCACUGUAUCAUAUGAAAAGGAGGAGGUGGGGGCAGCAGUUAGUUUAAGAAAAGAGAAACCCUGGAGAUUCACAACACAAUCAGAUUGACCUUUCAUCCCAAGAGCACUAUGGGCUGCUCUUAGAGAUGGCGGGGGGGCAGAAGAGACCCUGAUGCGAGACAGAGACCCGGCAGAUAAAAGCGGAGCCGGUAUUGUCUAAACCUCACAGUCUAGUGGGCCUGUUGAGCGGCAGAAACUUCCAGCCCCACCCAGGAACUGAGGAGUGUGUGAGGCAAAAAACUGUCACUAAACCACAAGUCUACACACGCUAUCCCAAACAUUUCCCUAAAGGUAUUUGAAUGUAUUUGGAUAGAAACAUUGUAAUUCAUGCACGACUGCAAAUGGUCUGUAACGUGCAUCCGAAUGAAAAUAGCUGCAAAGUUCAAGAGUUUUGUAUGUUCCAACCACAGGGCUAUUUUGUGCUGCGCUUGCUUCUGACACACAAGAUAUCAUCAGUUCUGUGAUAAUAGCAGGAAGAACUGAGCGCUUAUCAGUUUGCAUGCCGGUUGCUGGAGCCGGAUGACCUGCAUGUGUCUGUUUAAAGGUUGACUUUAACUGUCUUGAUGGUUUGCACCAUUUCUUGUUGACAAACAUGACAGAUUGUUGUAUCAUAAGAUUUC